AUGCACCAAAGCAAGCCUCCCCACCAGAACCCCUCCCCACCAGAACCCCUCCCCACCAGAACCCCUCCCCACCAGAGUCCCUCCCACCAGAACCCCUCCCCACCAGAACCCCUCCCCACCAGAGUCCCUCCACAUCAGAACCCCUCCCCACCAGAGUCCCUCCCACCAGAACCUCUCCCCACCAGAACCCCUCCCCACCAGAACCCCUCCCCAUCAGAACCCCUCCCCACCAGAACCCCUCCCACCAGAAUCCCUCCACACCAGAACCCCUCCCCACCAGAACCCCUCCCCACCAGAACCCCUCCCCACCAGAACCCCUCCCCACCAGAACCCCUUCCCACCAGAGUCCAUCCCCACCAGAGUCCAUCCCCACCAGAACCCCUCCCCACCAGAAUCCCUCCACACCAGAACCCCUCGCCACCAGAACCCCUCCCCACCAGAAGCCUUACCCACCAGAACCCCUCCCCACCAGAACCCCUCCCCACCAGAACCCUCCCCAUCAGAACCCCUCCCCAUCAGAACCCCUCCCACCAGAAUCCCUCCACACCAGAACCCCUCCCCACCAGAACCCCUCCCCACCAGAGUCCAUCCCCACCAGAACCCCUCCACACAAGAACCCCCUGUACGUACAGCACUUUACAUUGA